CCGCGCCGCUCUGCCGGGGCGCGGGCACCGCCGGCCGCCCCCGCCGCCCCCCGCGCCCAGCCCGAGGAUGGGGCUGCCCCUGCGCCCCUUCGCCCUGCCGUUCCUAGCCCUGACUUUCCCCUUGGUGGCCCGGGGAUUUCCUGACGAAACCCUGGAGAAAGCCGCGAAGUCGGAGGGCUAUUGCAGCCGGAUCCUGCGAGCCCAGGGCACGAGGAGGGAAGGGUACAAUGAAUUUAGCCUCAGGGUGGAAGGCGACCCGGAAUUUUACAAGCCCGGGAACAGUUAUCGGGUGACACUUUCUGCUGCCACUCCUGCUUAUUUUCGAGGAUUCACAUUGAUUGCUCUCAAGGAGGGUAAAGAGGGUGACAAGGAAGAAGACCAUGCAGGAACGUUUCAGAUUAUAGAUGAAGAAGAAACACAGUUCAUGAGUAAUUGUCCUGUUGCUGUUACUGAGAGUACACCUAGAAGAAGGACACGCAUUCAAGUUUUUUGGACAGCCCCUCCUACCGGUACAGGCUGUGUUAUUCUGAAAGCCAGUAUUGUGCAAAAGCGCAUAAUUUAUUUUCAAGAUGAAGGAUCCCUCACCAAAAAAAUUUGUGAACAAGACUCAGACUCAGAAGGUGUGACUGACAAACCGAUUUUAGAUUGUUGUGCCUGUGGAACUGCCAAAUACAGGCUAACUUUUUAUGGAAACUGGUCAGAAAAAACACAUCCGAAAGAUUUUCCACGGCGAACCAACCAUUGGUCAGCAAUUAUUGGUAGUUCCCACUCAAAGAACUACAUCCUUUGGGAGUAUGGAGGAUAUGCUAGUGAGGGUGUCAAACAAGUUGCAGAGUUGGGGUCCCCAGUAAAGAUGGAAGAAGAAAUUCGACAGCAGAGCGAUGAGGUUUUAACGGUCAUCAAGGCAAAAGCACAGUGGCCUGCCUGGCAACCCCUAAAUGUGAGAGCUGCUCCCUCUGCUGAGUUUUCCGUUGAUAGGCAUCGGCACCUGAUGUCCUUCCUCACCAUGCUGGGGCCCAGCCCGGACUGGAACGUGGGCCUCUCAGCUGAAGACCUCUGUACCAAGGACUGUGGCUGGGUUCAGAAAGUCGUUCAGGAUUUAAUACCAUGGGAUGCUGGCACAGACAGUGGUGUUACCUAUGAGUCUCCCAACAAACCUACAGUUCCUCAAGAGAAGAUCAGACCACUUACAAGCCUAGAUCACCCUCAAAGUCCAUUUUAUGAUCCCGAAGGAGGCUCUAUCAAGCUGGUAGCCAGAGUGGUAAUUGAGAGAAUUGCACGCAAGGGGGAGCAAUGCAAUAUUGUACCUGAUAACAUAGAUGAUAUUGUGGCAGAUCUAGCACCGGAAGAAAAAGAAGAAGAUGACACGCCUGAGACCUGCAUAUAUUCAAACUGGUCUCCGUGGUCAGCCUGCAGCUCUUCUACUUGUGAAAAGGGCAAGAGGAUGAGGCAGAGAAUGCUUAAAGCUCAGCUGGACCUCAGUGUGCCCUGUCCGGAUACCCAAGAUUUUCAGCCAUGCAUGGGUCCAGGCUGCAGCGAUGAAGAUGGUUCCACUUGCAUGAUGUCUGACUGGAUUACAUGGUCCCCCUGUAGUGUUUCCUGUGGAAUGGGAACGCGAUCUAGAGAGAGAUACGUAAAACAAUUCCCUGAAGAUGGCUCUAUGUGCAAAGUGCCUACUGAAGAGACUGAGAAAUGUAUAGUAAAUGAGGAAUGUUCCCCCAGCAGCUGCCUUGUCACAGAAUGGGGCGAGUGGGAUGAAUGUAGUGCUAGCUGCGGAAUGGGAAUGAAAAGACGACACAGAAUGAUUAAGAUGACCCCCGCUGACGGAUCCAUGUGCAAGGCAGAAACUACAGAGGCAGAGAAAUGUAUGAUGCCUGAAUGCCAUACUAUUCCCUGUCUACUUUCUCCUUGGUCUGAAUGGAGUGACUGUAGUGUAACGUGUGGGAAGGGAAUGCGAACCCGGCAAAGAAUGCUGAAAUCUGCUGCUGAGCUUGGAGAUUGUAAUGAGGAAAUGGAACAAGUGGAAAAAUGCAUGUUACCUGAAUGCCCCAUUGACUGUGAACUAACAGAGUGGUCCCAGUGGUCAGAAUGCAACACGUCGUGUGGAAAGGGCCACAUGAUCAGGACAAGAAUGAUUAAAAUAGAGCCACAGUUUGGAGGAACAGCAUGCCCAGAAACUGUCCAACGUACAAAGUGCCGAGUAAGGAAAUGCCUGAGAGGCCCAGGCAUGGAAAAAAGGCGAUGGAAAGAGCCUCGGGAGAAAAGGAGAAGUGAACAAGCAAAAAAAAGUCUAGACAGUGAGCAGUACGCAGUUUGUAGACUGAAACCAUGGACUGCUUGGACAGAAUGUUCUGCACUGUGUGGAGGUGGAAUUCAGGAACGCUACAUGAUAGUAAAGAAGAGGUCCAAAACCACUCAGUUUACUAGCUGCAAAGACAAAAAGGAGCUAAGGGCAUGUAACGUGCAUCCCUGUUAGCAAAACACGAGGCUUCCAAGUGAUGCACUCUGAGCUAAAUGGAAAGUCAACCUUGGUUUGGUUUUUAAAACGAAAAAAAAUAUAAAGUGUAUAUUAGUUUUCAUUUUUGCAGUGUGGUUUGCUUUUUAGUCUUGCUGGUGCAAGAAAUGUAUUUUAUAAAUAUUUCCUCACAGUUUUAUGCUGAGAGUAAAUCUUUGUUACUCCAGCUAGCCCUUAAUGCAUAAAAAUAGUAAGUCAUUGUGAAUCAUUUAACUGAAAUACAGACCUAUCUGUGGACAUGGAAUAGCCAUAUAGAAAUACUACUUGUAAAGACAUGGGAUGCAUGCAUAUUAACAAACUAAGUUAAAGUGACAUGUUUCAUAUGAGGAUGGAUUGCUCUCUUGAUUUCAUUUCAAAAAUCCAAAGCAGUGCCUAUGUGAUUACAUAACUAUGCCAAGGAAUAAUUUCAGUGAUGCUGAUUCAAUAAUUUUAAAGGUGCAUAUUUAUCUCUUCACACUAUUGGGUUAAACUGAUAGUUAUAAUAAUUAUCCUGUAUAAUUUUCUUCCAAUGGAUGUGAUUGUCCAUUGCAAAAUGAUCUUUGUUUGUUUAAAAAUUAAAAAGGAAAUAAUUUGUGCAGCUUAGUAAUGAUGUCUGCCCAUUGUAUAGUCAUAGUCAAAAUAGCACACCAAGAAAUAUGUGAAUAUCAUUAUGUAUUUAGAUGCCAUGUUCUUCUAUUUCGUCCAUCCACUGCCUCUCAAAAUGGAUACAGAGCUAAUUAUGCAGUCAGCUGCAAUAGUUGUUACAGAAAGGCUUCCAUAUGGGAGAGAGUAAAAAUUAAGUUUUGUUUAGUGAGGAUAUUAAUCACAGGUAAGGAGAGAAGGAGGUUUAAAAAAUAAUAAAAAUAAUAGAGAAAAGGUGAGCCAACUUCUCAUGCAUCCCUUCUAGCAAAAGAAAAGGAGUCUCUGAAGUAAAACAAGGAUGGGCACUUAAUUUACGUUUUUCACUCAGAGUUUAGGAAGAUCUAAAAAUUACUAAAUGUAUGAGAAUUGCAGGACUAUAGUCUGCAGAUAGAGUAGCCAGGAUACAUGUCUUCCCUGAACACCUUGGCUAUCCACAAACUGCCUGAGAUUAGUGAAUAGCUCCUUAACAUUCAAACUGCUUUUGCUGUUUUACACCUGCUUCUGCACACUUUAGCUCUCAUCCCUACCAUUUAUCAGGUAUAAGACUAGAAAGACCUUGGGCCUCACAUACUAUUGAAAUACAAUACUAUCUUGUAAGUUUAACAAUUUAACAUUUAAGAUGAGAGAUAAAGGUGAUGGGUUAUCUUUUUGUCAGUAAAGACAGCAUACACCUACAUCUCUACAUAAAUAAUAACAAUGCACUGAAAAUAAAGACUGUUGAUGAUAACACUUAAUUAAAAACAAGUUUGAGAGAAAUGAAUGGAAAAAAAUUAUUUAAUAGUCUCUUCAAACCAGCCUUAAAUAAUUCACUCAGGACCUCCAUUAUCUAGAUGGCAGGGAGGCACUGGCUGGUUACGAUACUCAUCAUCCUCCUCGUCAUCGUCCUUCUUCCACCGACCACUGCAAGGGCGGCUCAGGAAUGCCACAGCUGUCGCAUCCCACCCCUGCUCAGGUUUCUACAGCCUUUUUUUAGACCUGGAGUGAGGGGAGCCUAGUGAAAUGAUGGACCCAGCUGCAGUGCUUAGCCUCUCCUGCUGCUGCUAAGUGAAAUGGAUGCAAGCCCAUAGUGAACCAAAGCAGGAGGGAAUUAUUAGAGGAAAAAAAAAAAGAAAAAAAGAAGAAGGAGGCAGCUUAAUGCUAAAACCAAACACUUUACAUUUUGCACAGCUUGGCUCAUGUGAUAGUAGCAAUUCAGACAGAGUGCCUCCUCGUGCCUGUUGAAAAAUUCUGCAGUGUGUGUCCCUGUAGCACUGUAAUUACAGUGUCCCAACUAGACUGCCCCCAACUAACGUAUUUUUGAUCUUCCACAUUACCCUAUUCUUUGACCCCUCCCCCCCCCCCCAAAAAAAAAAAAUGAAUGGAAUAAUACAGACCCUGGAGCAAUGAGCAGCCAAGCACGUCAGGUAAAGAAAAGGUUGCAGAGAAAGGCUAGAGAUGUUAAUGCCAGGUGCUCAGCCAGGGCAGAGCUAUGUAUGCUAAACAAGAUCCAUACACCAACGAUCUCUGGGCUCCUUGCUUGUUGUGUGAGUCUGACAGAGGUAUACCAGCUGAGGGUAGGCAGUAAAAAAUAAAAGCUUAGGCUAUGAAUCUGUGACAGACUUGGGUGGGGAAGCAGGAGCAGAAGCAGCAAGUAUCUCUUGAAUGCGGAAAAAAAAAAAAGGCAAAAAAAAAAAAAAAAAAAGCUAUGACUUCAGUAACUAUAUUUUAUCUCUUCAACCCAUACCACUUGUUCAUGCUAUUCCUGCAAGACCACUCCUGCUUCUGUAAAUAAUCAAUUACAAUAUUAAGUUAGCUUCAUUUUUCAUGUGUGUUCCAGUUCAUUGAGUCUUCUGUCUUUUUAAUUACUCCCUUUGCCAAAGUCUACAUAGUCCAAAUAAGGAGUUUAGGUAUGUAUCAAAUAUGUAACAUUUCUUUGAAGGUGACCACAAAAAUGUCCAUUAAAAAUCUGGUAUUCCUUUCACUGUGGUUCUUACCAACUGACUCUCCAUGUACAUAAAAUUUAUUCUCUCUUAGGAGGCUGUUCAGUGUGUUUUCCAGUCAUUUCUCUUAGGCUCAUUAAAGUUAUGAAUGUUGGAAUUUUUUUUUCGACCUUGUUAAUACAUGCAGUGACAAAGUAGAUUGCGCUUGGUCAGAAAUGUGUGAUCAUUCCUGCCUCGGUUCAGCUUUUUACACUUGUUCUGUUGAAACAUUUUGCAAGUCACUUGUCUUUCUUCCAACUUCAUACAAAAAAAAUUUAAGCUUGUUACAUUUUGUAAAAAAAAACAAAAACAAAAACAAAAACGAAAAAAAUAAGAGGUUGAUUUUCUAUUCAGAAAAAAAGCUCUGAUACACAAUAUGUAGAAAUAUUGCAUUGUUGCUUUAAACUUUCUAGUAAUGUAAUAGCCACUGAUUAUCAGUCAAUAAAAAUGAGAACUGUUAUCUCUGUUAUCUCAUAAGUAAUACUGCUGAACUGAAAGCACAGAUAUCACUCCAAUUUUGUAGACCUCAAAUAUCAGAUUUUAGCAUUGUAUGUUAUUUUUUCUAACAUACAAACUGUAGAAACUUUACACAUAAUAAAAGAAAAGUUAGGAGCUUAACAAAUGUACAGUAGGAUUCUGUGGGUGCAACAUACAAUUUAAAACAAAAAUUUGUUUGAUUGCAUUUUUAGAUUUCCUUUGUUGUUUUUGUUUGCUGUGGAAGUAAGAAAAAGCUAUCAUGAAUAUUUCUUACCAAAGUCUUGUGUAGAUGUUUUGUAGCUGUCUGGCUAACACAUUAUUAUUUUGGAAUAAAGACAUCUUUACUAUGAAAUUUA